GGAAGCAUACCAAGCACAAGGCUAACCAGUGACCUGAACAUUUCCCUUCUCACAUUCACACACCAGAGACCAGCUACAGAAGAUUCAAAUGGAGCAAAUUGCUUAUUCUUCCAAAUUCUUUUUCCUGGUUGAUUAGGGCAGCCAAGAACGGGGUGGAGCUCUUGUGAAUAAAAAGCCUUGCUUCAUUUUCCCCACACAGGAGAACAUGGGCAAGCGAGUUGCCAUUGUUGGAGCUGGGGUCAGCGGUCUGGCCUCCAUUAAGUGCUGUCUGGAAGAAGGACUGGAGCCCACCUGCUUUGAGAGGAGCGACGACCUUGGGGGGUUAUGGAGAUUCACCGAACAUGUUGAAGAAGGCAGAGCCAGUCUCUACAAGUCUGUGGUUUCCAACAGCUGCAAGGAGAUGUCUUGUUAUUCAGACUUUCCAUUCCCAGAAGAUUAUCCAAACUAUGUGCCAAAUUCUCAAUUUCUGGAAUAUCUCAAAAUGUAUGCAAACCACUUCAACCUUCUGAAACACAUUCAAUUCAAGACCAAAGUCUGCAGUGUAGCAAAAUGCUCAGAUUUUACUGUCUCUGGCCAAUGGGAGGUUGUCACUCUGCACAAAGAGAAGCAAGAGUCAGCCAUCUUUGAUGCUGUCAUGGUCUGCACUGGUUUUCUUACUAACCCUUAUUUGCCACUGGACUCAUUUCCAGGCAUUAAUGCUUUUAAAGGCCAGUACUUUCAUAGCCGGCAAUACAAGCAUCCAGAUAUAUUUAAGGACAAGAGAGUCCUUGUGAUUGGAAUGGGAAAUUCUGGCACAGACAUUGCUGUGGAGGCCAGCCACCUGGCAAAAAAGGUGUUCCUCAGCACCACCGGAGGGGCAUGGGUGAUCAGCCGAAUCUUUGACUCAGGCUACCCAUGGGACAUGGUGUUCAUGACACGAUUUCAGAACAUGUUGAGAAAUUCUCUCCCAACUCCAAUUGUGACUUGGUUGAUGGCGCGAAAGAUAAACAACUGGCUCAAUCAUGCAAAUUAUGGCUUAAUGCCAGAUGACAGGACUCAGCUGAAAGAGUUUGUGCUAAAUGAUGAGCUACCAGGCCGUAUUAUCACUGGGAAAGUGUUCAUCAGGCCAAGCAUAAAAGAGGUGAAGGAAAACUCUGUCAUAUUUAACAACACUUCAAAGGAGGAGCCUAUUGAUAUCAUUGUCUUUGCCACUGGAUACACAUUUGCUUUCCCCUUCCUUGAUGAGUCUGUAGUGAAAGUUGAAGAUGGCCAGGCCUCGCUAUACAGGUAUAUCUUCCCUGCACAUCUGCAAAAGUCGACCCUGGCCAUUAUUGGUCUCAUCAAACCCUUGGGUUCCAUGAUACCCACAGGAGAAACACAAGCUCGGUGGGCUGUUCGAGUCCUGAAAGGUGUAAAUAAGUUACCACCACCAAGUGUCAUGAUAGAGGAAGUUAAUGCAAGAAAAGAAAACAAGCCCGGUCGGUAAGUUAAGUAUUUAUGCACCCUUUUAAA